AUUCACGGUUUGCUGUGACGGUCUUAGCUCAAAGCUGCGGUACCAAAUCGAUGGAAAAAAAAGUCAUCUCUUAUAAAAAAGAAGAAUUUCAGAGUGCACAAAUCGACAUCCAGACAAUGGACACGUACGCGAGACCGGAACAAGUUGAUUACACUGAACAUGUUUACGAGACGAUAGAAAUGGACAAGACUAGGAAUCUAAACUCAGAACACACUUACGAGACGAUAGAUGAGGAAACGACCAGCAAUCAAUCAUUGGAUUUUCAUUGGAUCAAUUGGUAUGGAUUUAAAUCAUAACGUAAUCUUUAUGUCGCACGUUCAUAGAACAUUACCAAUUGCAUUUUUAUAGGUUUAAGCGUAAUCGGGUUCCUCGUUAUUAUGGGGGAAAAAGUUUAAAAAAACAAACAAACAAAUUAACUCUGAUACAAUCCCACACUGUACCCAAUAGUCAGUUUUUUUGGUAACAGGAAUGGUGUAACACUUAUCUCCCUGGUGCAUUGUUCACAUACCAUUUGAUUGUGUGUUAAGAAAUGGAAACGAUAAAACCAGCCAGGAAUUCAAUCUACCAUGAGAUGCCGUGAUUCUUUAAACUUUCGCAACCCCACAAAGUUUUGCUAUUACAAGGUUGUAGCUUGACUAAAAACAGUGCUUUCCGAUCAAAGUAAACAGUUCUUUGUCUUGGUUUUCGGUGCAUUGUAAGACAAAUACUAAUCUAUUUAAAUAUAUAAAAUAAUUUAGCUCCAAUUAUUUUAUGGUAAAAAUGUAUUUACCCUUUUUAAAAAAAGAAAAGUAUUACAUUUCUGUGAAUUAUUAUUAUUUUUUUUUCAAAGUAAAAGUGUUUUAAUAUUAUUAAUUUAUACUUAAUUAUUAUUGGAUUCGUUUUCUUGCGCUAAAAGUUUUCAAUGUGAUUUGCAGGUGUCCUAUUAUAUUAUCAUCUAUAUCAAUGGGAUUAACGAUG